AUGAAUUUUUGGUGUGGUGUUGAGUUGAAUCCUCACUUCUUUGGAUUUGAAAUUAAGGAAUUCUCUUAUAGACCUGCAUUUGCAAUGAUGAGCGUUUUGAAUUUAAGCUAUUUAUUUGAACAAAUUAGAUUGUAUGGAUUUGCAUCACCAAAUUUGAUGACCUUCCAAGCCAUUAGCUUCUUUUACACCAUUGAUGCAUUUGUAUUUGAAUAUGGAAUGAUUUAUAUGUUUGACAUUAUUGAAGAAAACUUUGGUUUCAUGCUAGUCUUUGGAGAUUACAUGUGGAUGCCAUUUGUAUUCACUCUACAAAAUCUCUAUCUCAUCAAUGACUUGUCCUACAACCCAAUUCAAACCUAUGCUAAUAUUGGUAUCUUUAUUAUUGGUUAUAUCAUCUUUAGAGGUGCAAAUAAUCAAAAGUUUGUCUAUCGUCAAGAUCCAAAGAAGGUUUGGUUAGGCUUGAUUGAACCCAUCACUUUGGAAACUUCUCGUGAUCGUAAAUUACUCAUUUCUGGAUUCUGGGGUGUUGCAAGAAAGAUCAAUUAUUUGGGUGAUAUUUUAAUUGCAGUGAGUCAAAGCUUACCAUGUUGGCAAAGUCCAUACUUGUUGCCAUGGUUGUAUCCAAUUUAUUUGACCAUUUUGUUGUUGCAUCGAGCACACAGAGACAAUGAAAGAUGUAAGGAAAAGUAUGGAAAAUUCUGGGAUGAAUAUUGUAAGAAAGUAAGGUGGAUUAUGAUUCCAGGAAUUUAUUAA